AUGGCGCUCCCCAUAUCCAAACCGAAGCUGCCCGUCGUCGUCGAGAAGCCCACUCCCUACACCUUCGACCUGGGCCACCUGCUCGCCGAGGACCCCAACCCCGUCGCCCUCGACCACGCCGCCAUUGACCAGUCGCUCGCCCAAAUUGCCCGCGACGGCGCCCAGUCGCUCAUCAACCAGCUCCUCACCACCUGCCCCCUCAAGUCCACCACCGACGGCGUCCUCCUGACGCUGCCCCAGCCCGCCACCCGCCUCCCCCGCGAGAAGCCCGUGCCCCAGCCCAAGCCCCCGACCAAGUGGGAGCGCUUCGCCGCCAAGAAGGGCAUCAAGGCCAAGACCAGGGAGCAGCGCCGCAACCUGGCCUACGACGAGGAGUCGGGCGAGUGGAAGCGCAAGUGGGGCUACAAGGGCCUGAACAAGAAGGGCGAGGACGACUGGCUUGUCGAGGUCGACCAGAAGAAGGAGGCCGAGCGCAAAGAGGGCACCAGCAUCCGCGGCGACGGCAGAAGGGAGCGCAAGGAGAGGAUUCAGCGCAACGAAAGGAAGAUGAGGAAAAACCAGCGGGAUGCCGCGGCCAAGACGGGCAAGAAGAUCUGA